AUGACAGAGCAAGAGAGUAAUGGUGGUGUGAUCAAUGGACUAGGAAAGACUGUUUCUCAACUUGAAAAGGUCGUGUCUGCAUCACUACGGCCGCUGCCCACCGAAACAGGGGAUGGAUCUUAUGUGAAGGAGUCAAAUAGCACGGGAAUUGUCAGAGAUCUGGGCCGUAUGGAUUUCAGCGAUGUCAAGACGAUCGUGGAACUCACCAAAAAUGCCACCACGGGAGAGCCUCUCAAUGAUAAGCAUUAUAUAAUGGAGCGAUUGAUCCAGCUUACCUCUGCACUUCCUUCCACCUCUCGGGUCGGAAAGGAGUUGACAAAUGCCUUCCUCAACCAGCUAUGGAAAGAUUUGGAACAUCCCCCGGUUUCGUACCUUGGCCGCGAAUACUCGUAUCGAGAAGCAGAUGGUUCAGGCAAUAACGUUUUGUGGCCUCAUAUUGGAGCUGCUCGCUCUCAUUACGCGAGAUCCGUUCGGCCAAAGACAUUGCAAUCUCCUGCGCUCCCGGACCCAGAAACGCUUUUCGAUUCGCUUUUGGCACGCAAAGAUUUCAAGGAACACCCAAACAAGAUUUCUAGUAUUCUGUUCUACAUCGCCUCCAUUAUUAUCCAUGAUCUAUUUCAAACGGACCGCAACGACGACACGAUUUCCUUAACAUCUUCAUAUCUCGAUCUUUCGCCGCUGUAUGGGAAUAACCAAGACGAGCAGAACCUUGUCAGAACCUUCAAGGAUGGAAAGCUCAAGCCGGACUGUUUCUCCACUAAGCGUGUACUCGGGUUCCCCCCGGGUAUUGGCGUAAUAUUGAUCAUGUUUAACCGAUUUCACAACUACGUCGUUGAGCAGCUGGCGUCAAUAAACGAAGGCGGCCGUUUCACCAAGCCGGAUGAAGCAAACACCAAGGAAUACGCAAGAUAUGAUAACGACCUGUUCCAGACCGGUCGGCUAGUAACCUGCGGCCUCUAUGUUAACAUAAUCCUCAAAGACUACGUCCGAACAAUCUUGAACGUCAACCGAACUGACAGCCUUUGGAGCUUGGAUCCUCGUGCUGAAAUGAAGGAUGGUUUGCUCGGCGAAGCAGCCGCUCAGGCCACAGGUAACCAAGUCUCGGCUGAGUUCAACCUCGUGUACAGAUGGCAUUCUUGCAUUUCCCAGCGUGACGAGAAGUGGACGGAAGAUUUGUACAAAGAUAUGUUUCCUGGAAGGGACCCGAGCAGUGUCUCCCUGCAGGAGUUUGUACGAGGUCUCGGAAAAUGGGAGGCAGAUCUUCCAGAGCAACCCCAAGAUCGUCCAUUUGCUGGCUUACAGCGCAAGCCUGAUGGAUCCUUUGACGAUGACUGUCUCGUUAAAAUCUUUGAGGACAGUGUUGAGGACUGUGUAGGCGCAUUUGGUGCAUCUAAUGUUCCAACGAUCUUCAAAAGCAUCGAAGCUUUGGGUAUUAAACAAGCUCGCUCCUGGAAUUUGGCUACCUUGAACGAGUUCCGGAACUACUUUAACCUGACCCCUUAUAAAACUUUCGAGGAGAUCAAUCCUGACCCUUUCAUAUCUGAUCAGCUCAAGCGACUGUAUGAUCACCCAGACCAUGUGGAGAUCUACCCCGGUGUUAUCGUCGAGGAUACCAAGGAAGCCGUGAUCCCUGGAAGUGGCUUGUGUACCAACUUCACAAUUUCAAGAGCCAUUCUCUCCGACGCAGUUGCCUUGGUUCGAGGCGAUCGCUUCUACACGGUCGAUUUCACCCCGAGGCAUCUUACAAAUUGGGCCUUUAGCGAGAUUGAACCUAAAGAUUCAGUCGAUCAAGGCCAAGUGUUCUAUAAGCUUGUGUUGCGGGCAUUCCCGAAUCAUUUCAAGGGAAACUCAAUCUACGCACAUCUCCCUUUGGUUAUUCCAUCUGAAAACAAGAAGAUACUGACAAAGCUUGGGUUUGCCGAGAAAUACAGCUGGGACAAGCCUGGUUACACUCCCCCACCUAAGUUUAUUAACUCUCAUUCGGCUUGUAUGUCAAUAUUGUCUGAUCAAGAGACAUUCAAGGUCACAUGGGGCUCAAAGAUUGAGUUUUUGAUGCACCGUGGCAAACAGCCUUUUGGCAGAGACUUUAUGUUGUCCGGGGAUAGGCUUCCGAAUGCCGCAUCGCGCAAAAUGAUGGGAGCUGCUUUGUACCGGAAGAGAUGGGAAAAUGAAGUCAAGUCAUUCUAUGAGGACAUAACUCUGAAACUUCUGGACAGGAAUUCUUACAAGAUUGCUGGGGUCAAUCAAGUUGACAUUGUACGAGACAUUGCAAAUCCCGCUCAGGUUAAUUUCUGCGCAAAUGUUUUCUCAUUGCCCUUGAAAACCGAAUCUAACCCGCGGGGAGUCUUCACGGAAUCCGAGCUCUACCAAAUCAUGGCUGUUGUUUUCACCUCAAUCUUCUACGAUGCGGAUCCUGCGAACUCGUUUGAACUUAACCAAGCUGCCCGGGAAGUGACGCAACAGCUUGGACAGUUGGCAAUGGCUAAUGUCGAGCUUGUCAACAAUACUGGGUUCAUUGCGAACCUAGUGAGUAGUUUACACCGACAUGACGUGCUCAGCGAAUACGGUGUCCAUAUGAUCCAACGCCUCCUUGCCAGUGGACUGCCAGCGGAUGAGAUUGUAUGGACUCAUAUUCUGCCAACGGCUGGGGGGAUGGUAGCAAACCAGGCGCAGCUUUUUUCACAGUGUCUUGACUAUUACCUUUCGGAGGAAGGCUCGGUCCAUUUGCCUGAUAUCAAACGGCUGGCGAAGGUUGAUGCGCCGGAAACGGACGAAUUACUGUUAAGAUACUUCAUGGAAGGCGCUCGGUUACGGUCUUCCGUGGGACUACCUCGGAUGGUGGCCAAGCCCACUGUUGUUGAAGACAACGGCGAAAAGCUAAACCUCAAGGCAGGGCAACACAUUCUCUGCAAUUUGGUUUCCGCUUCCAUGGACCCGACAAGUUUCCCAGAGCCUGAUAAGGUCAGGCUUGACCGCGAUAUGGAUCUCUACGCUCAUUUCGGUUUUGGUCCACAUCAGUGUUUAGGUAUUGGGCUUUGUAAGCUAGCGCUUACCACCAUGCUCAAGGUCAUCGGACGCUUGGAUAAUUUGCGCCGUGCCCCAGGGCCUCAGGGGCAGCUGAAAAGGUUGUCUGGGCCUGGUGGAAUUGCAAAGUACAUGACUCCAGACCAAAGCGGAUUUUCCCCCUUCCCAACGAGCAUGAAGGUUCAAUGGGAUGGUGAAUUGCCGCGAGUGGAGAGAGUGAAUCCGUCCGAAAAUUGGAAAGGUGAUCUAUAUCAUUGGAUCAAUGUCCUGAACCGCUUCGACGAGAUCUUGGCUGCCGCCAAUGAGAAAUAUGGUUUAAAUAAUGGCCCUCAAACUAAGCCGUUCAGCAGACAUGUUCUAGUGGACUCAUAUGCAAGCGAUGACAACAAGCCAGGCCCGGAGGAUAUCGAUGUUAAGCUAACCGCUCUUGGCUAUGGUGUAGAGGGUGACAGAGAGCUCUUGGAAGCAAUUCUCGACUUUUCCAGAUUACUGUUGGAUAAGUGCGGUAAUCGCAGCCUGUAUAGCAGCAGCGAACGGCUAGGGGAACUUCUGAAUACUACGUCACUCUGUCUCCUUCAGUCUACGCUUCGUUUGUCACUCUCUUUGGCUCAACGAUAUCAUUCUCGCCAGCGGGGUAGUACCCACCUCCAACAGAGCCUGCUGGCAGCCCACUUUAACAUCGAUCUGGAAAAACUGCAAAAGAUUGCUGCGCCCUUCCCGCGCCCUUCCGUAUCCAACAAGACACCUGUAUCCCCUCCUGUUGGCGUUAAGGGCAAGGAGAAACCACCCCAAACCAAGCACGAUGCCAACGACCUAGUUACGCUUGUGCGCGAAAGUGAGGGCUGGGAAGAGUGGGGUCAUGUACAUCUGCUUUAUUAUCCGUCUGGCACUUCAGACCAGGCGAAGGCGACGUCGGAGGCCGUACAUGGUGGGCUGCCGACGCAAGCUCCCACCACACCAACACCUCUGCGUAGAAGUCAUACCCACCCCACGCCUCGUUUGAGCCGCACAUCGAUCAUGGAGGAUUCUCCUAGCUCUGCCGCGAAUACCCCCUCAGGGAAACUGGAAGAAGUGACAAGGGGCGGGAAGGUUCUUGAUAUUCCUUACUCUAGGAUCUCUUCCUCGACACCCGAUAGUCUUGUUGCAUCGCAUGCAGAAGAGUUACCUGAAGACUCCAAGUAUGAUCUGCUCCACAGAAUUCGGACGGCACAGGGGCUGGCAACAUCUCCUUCUAGCCGCGAACAGAUUCUUACAAUCAGAGUGCUUGCUAUUACCAACUUAGCAUACGUAUAUCCCGAGUCGCUAUUUCAACAGAAGAUCCUCCAGUACGAUAUGGAACAGCCAAAACGUCUGCAGCUGGCUUUUCAACUGGGCGAGCUGGUUCAUCUAGGCGCAAGUGGUGAUCUUUCAGUCUCCCGAGGUGUACAGACAUUGGUGCUCCAGGCUCUUGACUCUUUGGCUAAGCACAAAGCACGAGCAAUCGACGUCUGUGCCGCGUUAAGCGUUAAUGUAAACCAUGGUGUUCUCAUGUUCCUGACCCGGAAGGCUGUCAAUGAACUAGGCUCAGAAGACAAUAAGACGGAUGAUGGUAGUCAGGAUGAGUGGCGGGAUGCGUUACUUGCACUUCUGCGAACACUUCCAGGCUCAAGCACGAGGACACCGGAGACCCUUGUUUCUGCUGGCCUAAUUCCGAUGUUUGUCGAUGUGUUGAACCUCCGAACUGAGAAAGCUCGUCGUGUUUAUUCUCGAAUUAUGGAAUUCCUCGAUACCUUUGUCCACGCGGUUCGUGAUGCGCUUGGGACUCUCACCACAGCCAAGGGGUUUGACGCAAUCUCGGAUUUAAUCGAUUUCGAAACCAAAACUUCCUUUGAGAAUGUAUCCCGCGGCGCAGGAAUCCCUUCUCACCACAAGACCCCAUCAAUUGAUUAUCAGAUCCCGUAUUUCCAGCAGCAGACUCUCAGGUGGAUGUUCCGGUUCGUCAAUCAUAUCAUGCAGCAUAAUGGCGGUGGCUUUGAUCGGGUCCUUCGGAAUUUGAUUGACUCCCCUCAACUGCUGACGUCCCUUCGUUUGGUCUUUGAGAACGCCUGUGUCUUUGGAUCUCAUGUCUGGAGCAAUGCAGUCAAUAUCCUUAGCAGUUUCAUUCACAACGAGCCCACCAGUUAUGCAGUCAUUGCUGAAGCUGGUUUGAGCAAGAGCUUCUUACAAGCUGUCACACACAGUGACAUAAAGGCGCAAGAGAAGCUACCUAUUGAUACCGAGGGUGCUGAAGUUGAAGGGGAAUCAUCCGCUAGAUUGUCCGAGGUCGAGACUAGGCAGUCGGGUAGUGAGCCACAGAAGACCCGGGAGUAUGAACUGGCAAGGUCGAAGGAUGUAAAGUUAGCCUUGGGUAUCAUGCCCGCAGCGGAAGCUUUAUCAUGCAUUCCUUCGGCUUUCGGAGCUAUUUGCCUUAACUCAUCUGGACUUGAACUCUUUCAGUCAUCCCACGCACUGGAAAGCUUUUUCGAAAUCUUCGAAAACCCCGAGCAUGUGAAAUGCCUGAAAGAUGAUCCCAAUCUCUUAGUGCGACAUCAUCCUGCGCUGAAGUCAACAAUCAUGGCUGCCGUCAUUGUGAUGGUCGCACGUGUUGGCUUUUUGUGCAGGAGUAAGGCUUGGUCGGACGGUAUGGGAUCCAAGCUGUGGAAAGAUAACUCCCAGGGAAAGCCGGUCCUUUCCGGUCCAGCAUAUCACCUGUUUCGAAGGAUUGGUGGCACGAGAGUCGCUGGGGAUAUUGCACCGUCGGAUCUUGACGGUGGCACCAUGAAAACCGGCGAUUUAAGCCAUGACGUCGACUCUACGGGCCUCACUGUUACAGACUACCUUUAUCCCGUAUUACGAUUCUUAGGUGCUUUCUUUGAAAAUCAAUCGAACUGCACCUACUUUAUCGAAUGUGGUGGUGUUGAAUUCGUUUUGGAUAUUGCGACUCUGCAGAGUCUUCCAUUCGAUUUCCAUAACACUGACGCUAACCAGGAGCUCACUGUUUUGGUGCACAUGUUGGCGGAAACGAAGCCUCACCUUGUCUUGCCCGGGCUUGUUGAUCGCGCAGAGCAGAUUGUGGAACAACUAUCUGAGUUCUGGCGCUUGUCGGGACCUCGGGAAUCAGGCUUCUUCACUCCUCUGAUCAAGCCACCUCUUGAGAGAGAGUCCAAGGAUCAAGACGACAAGUCCUGGGAACUCGCUAAAGAUAAUGGGACAUACUUCGCUAAGAAUAUGGUAGCUGCACUUAUCUUAACGGAUCUUCUCCGCGAACAGACUUCUGCAUUUGCACAAGUCAAUCUAGCCGAUCGUUAUUGUUCUCUUAUCGGACGACUUGGGGGCUUGCAUGCGGCUUGCGUGUGGGAGGAAAUUCUACUAGAGAAGAAUAUACCUGACACUUGGGACCAGGCAACGAAAGUGCAGCUACCUGGUCCGGGUUCAGAAAAACCCAAUGAAUCUUCGGGGCCCGCAAAUGCAGAACCAAGCUUAGCUGUGCCUGCGCCCCUUCGCGAAAGUUCGGCUGCGAGUGAGCCUGCUCAAUCAGGUAGUAGCGUAGCUUUUAAGAAUGUCCAAGCGCUUCGCUACCUUCUUAGCUCCUUGCCUUCUUCAAUAACAGGUUUCUUCCAUAACUUGGGCCUUGGUCUUAUUGGAAAGCGGCGGAUAGAUCUCUACCAGAAGCAGAAUGCAACUUCGGUGGCUGAGGCCAUUGCCAGCGCUGUGCUCGAGCAACUCCAGUUCACGCCCCCGAAUACUAGCGGCAAUCACAAGCUCCGAUUUGCGUACCUGAUUGUCAUCCUGUCCUCAUUCUCGCAUUUGCUUUUUGAAGCUACUGCAGAUCGCCCGCAUUCUCAUUAUCUCACUCUCGUUCUCUUCGCAUUCAAACGAAUCCAUGGUUUGAAGGCCAUGAAAGAUAUCUGCGACGUCUUCGUGCGUGAGGUCAAGACUCUCACACCUCCUGAAUCGGUGCCUGACUCUGAGAAGGACGUGUCAGCUCGACUUACAUCUGCUUAUGGAGGUAUCAAGAUAAUACUUAGCUUUUUCUCUGAGCUUGCCUCGGGCAAGAACAUUGUCGAGUCUAGUCAAACUCAGGCCAUGACGAGCAGUGAUCGGGACCGGGACCGUCCCGACUACUUCCAACCUGGCCAAUUCCUGGUUGAUCUUCGGAUGGAAAUAUUGCCAAUGGCUCGGGAUUUGUGGAAUUCUGAUUUUGCUACCCGGUCUUCAAGUUCCGUUAUCAAGUGCUUGGUGGAUAUUUUGCGCUCAUCGCUCGACGGCGAAUAUGAAACGGGGGCCGCUCAGCGCUCUAAUCUACCACCCGCAUUGGCUGAGGUGUCUAGGAGGAAACUAGUUAUCAACAGGGAUCGUGUCACCGCUUUGCAGGCAAAAGAUUUCGAUCUAGAAGUUGUAAAGGAGGCCCUGUACCGCUGCAACAAUCAGUAUGCCCCAGCUGAAGAAUACUGCAAGGCACAAGACUGGUUACUACCUGCUCCGAGAAUACCACCACCUCCUAACGACAUCGAGUCUGUUCGAACAUCAGGUGGUGAGUCCUCCGAAGACCCGGUCGUUGGAGACGCCUCGCCUUUCGAGAACCGGUUCCUCGACCGUUCGACACUUGCAAUGCUUAUAGCACAAGCUUCUGGCCGAUCGGAUGACAUGCCUCGUCAGGAACAAGACCAGGGGGCGCCAGUCGAAACCGAAGUCAGACAUGGCUCUGAAUUCCUAGCUCGAGCAUUGAGUCAUAUUCUCAACGAUGACCAUAGCGCAGUCGACAGCGACCGGGAAGAUUCCUCUAUCAGUAACACCCGUAACCUCAAUCCUAGCGGGGGAGAUCCUUCAGAGCCUUCAAACCAUCCGAUAGACCCAUCCUCUGAGCAGCGAACGGAACAACCGACAAGACGACACGAAGUUACCACGGUCGAAGAUUUAGACAGGGAGCGUGAGAAAGUCCGGUCGAACCUGAUUGAGCGCUGUCUAGAUGUCCUAAAUGAGCACCAUGACGUGUCCUUCGAAUUGGCUGACUUGAUCGCUUCUGCGACGAAGAAGCACCGUGAUCCUGAAAGCUUCCGGAAGGAGGUUGGGGAGAUCCUUGUCCAAUCUCUUGUUUCUUUACAAAUGGAGAACUUUCAAGCAGCUGGGAAGAAGGUGGCUGCUUAUGCCCAUCUCCUCGCGCUAGUAGUCCAAGAUAGAGACAUGUAUAACGCUACACUGGAGGAACUGAAGGAGUGUUUCACUACAUUCCUCGGGUUUAUCUCUGUGCCUUCCGAGAAGUCUUCGGAUGAGUCCUUCCCGUGGAUCGGGCAUGUCCUACUGGCCCUGGAAAAACUACUCUCUGACGACGCUCAACCUCCCCAAAUUCGAUGGAAUAUGCCUGAUAAUGAGAAUCCAGGCGCGGAGGAUGAUACUCCCGCUCAGUUAGAGGAGCCUCUUAUUUCCAAUGAACAGAAGACGCAGCUUUUCGAGGCUCUUGUCGAAAUUCUUCCCAGAGUUGGAAAGGAUGACACCCUAGCACUUUCUGUUUGUCGAGUUCUUGUUAUACUAACUCGAAAUCGCAGCAUUGCCACCCGCCUGGGUGAGAAGCGUAGCUUACAGCGCCUUUUUGUGAUGAUGAAGCAGCUUUCAAGCACCACAAAUGAAAAGCUCCAGGGUGCAUUCAUGUUGAUUUUAAGACACAUAGUCGAAGACGAGGACACCAUUCGACAAAUAAUGAGAAGUGAGAUCGUCGCGAACUUUGAAUCGAAAUCCUCUCGCCAGAUCGACACAACCGGCUUCGUACGGCAGAUGUAUCACCUCGUCCUCAGGUCGCCGGAAUUGUUUGUGGAAGUCUCCAACGAAAAACUGAAACUGCAACGAUAUGAUAGCCGGCAACGCCCACAGGUUCUCACCUUGAAAUCUGAUAAGAAUACUGGCUCGGACAAAGAAACGGCCCAUGAUACUGCCGAAAACGCGAAAGGUGGUAGCCAGGCUUCAGCCGAUGCCCAGCCGGAGGAUAAAGACAAGGGCAAAGGGCCAGAGUUAAAACCGCCUGUUGUAGAGAAUCCUGAUGGCGUCAUCCACUAUCUGCUUUCGGAGCUUCUAUCUUACAAGGAUGUAGAUGACAAGGAACCUUCGACAGAGGCUAUAGAAACAUCUGCGCCUGAACAAUCGGAAACCCAAACUGAUGUGGAGAUGGCUACUGAUGAACCUUCACCCUCUGUUUCUACCACUGAUUUGCAGGCCACACGUAACACUAAGAAAGCAGAGAAACCGGCGUUCAAGGCGGAUGACCACCCGAUCUAUAUAUACCGCUGCUUUCUUCUUCAAUGCUUAACUGAGCUUCUUUCGUCGUAUAACCGGACCAAGGUGGAGUUUAUCAACUUCUCUCGCAAAGCGGAUCCACUUGCAACUACUCCUUCGAAACCUCGAUCGGGUAUCUUGAACUACCUGCUCAAUGCUCUCGUCCCCAUUGGUACCAUGGAGCAUGAUGAGUCUGUGGCGUUCAAGAAGCGCGCCAACACAUCGGCUUGGACGAUGCGUGUGCUUGUAGCGCUGUGCACGAAAACCGGCGAGUUUGGUGGCACUGGCAGACGCCGAAGCGAGCAAAACUCGAAUGAAGAAGACGAGCCUGAGCUUGCCUUCGUGCGGAGUGAAACGUCAGAUAUCUCUACUCUCGGAGAAACGGAGGAAGAUGAAAUAUCCUCUGCUACCUCAGUUUCUGAUCUGGAAGAUGACCGCGAAGAGACCCCUGACCUUUUCCGUCAUUCCACCCUGGGCAUGUUAGAGCCUCGUCAUGAAGAAGAAACUAGCUCCGAAGAAUCGGAUGAAGAAGAUGAUGGGAUGUAUGACGACGAAUAUGAAGACGAAAUGGAUUACGAGGAAGACUUGCCCGAAGAUGAUGGCGAAGUCGUAAGUGAUGAUGAAGACGAGAUCGAGGGUGUUGGUCCCAUUGAGGGCCUUCCUGGCGAUUCCGGCAUGGACAUAGAGGUUGUCAUUGAUGAUGACGAUGACGACGAUGAUGAGGAUGAUGAUGAUGAUGAAGACGAAGAUGACUCCGAUAUGGAGGACGAUGAGAUCCUCGCUGGAGAGAUAACAGGGGAUCAAGACAAUGAGAGCUUAGAGGAAGGUGAUGAUGAUGAAUGGGAGAGUGAAGAGAUGUCCGAAGAUGAUGAAGAGGCUGAGAUCAUGAAUCAGUUAGAGGACGAGCUGGAUGGUAUCAGGCAAGUGGAUCAGCGUCAAGGGCAGAGAUUUGAUGAUUUGUUCCGGGUACUUAAUGAAGCUGCCGGAGGUGUUGAGGAUCUUCAGGCUCCUGACAGUCUUGAUGACAUUGUUGACGAUGAUUUGAACGAUGAUGAUGAAGAUGAAGAAAUCGAUGAGCUUGAGGAGGAACUUGAAGAUGCCGAUGAAGAUCAAGGAUCUUACCAAGGCUUUGACGAUGAUGAAGACCUCAUUGAACCAUGGGGCUGGGAUGGCGACGAGGCCCCAAUGCCCCGUGGACACCAUCAUCACCGCUACCGUGGUCCUCAGCCAGGAUGGGCUGCGGUUACAGGUAUAAUGCCCAGCAGCGGCCGGCAUGGAAUCGUUCCUAUUCAACCCUACCGAUUCCACCGUACUCAGAUUCCUGCCCGUGGUAAUGAUGAUGGGACAAACCCUCUUCUUGUCCGGACAGACCGUGGCCCCGAGGCUGGCCAAUCUCGCGGACCUGGCAAUGAAGCUUUUACCGACUGGGUUCAUGGCAUGGAACCCGUAUCCACUGGACGCCUGCUCCCUAUGGACAGCCCAGCUCUGCCCGAGGAGCUUAGAGAAGAAGUAAUCAUGCAACAACUUGCAGAGCAACGUUCUCAGGCAGCUGCAGCUGGCGAAGAGCCCAGUGAGAUUAACCCGGAGUUCCUGGAAGCUUUACCCCCAGAGAUUCGGGAAGAGCUGUUACAGCAGGAAGCUGCUGACCGUCGCCGUCGGGAGCGGGAAAGUGCACGCAGACAAGCAACCUCUGGUGGCGCUCCUACCCGCGCUGAAGACAUGGAUGCUGCUAGUUUCCUUGCUACCCUGGACCCUUCAUUACGGCAAGCCGUACUCGCUGACCAACCCGAGGAGAUACUAGCAACGCUGGGGCCGGAAUUUGUCACCGAAGCACGAGCUUUACCUGGAAGGCGCCUGACCCAAUUUGGUGAUAUUGCCAGAGUUGAUCAUCGGCAACGAAAUGAGCCAACCGACGAACAAGAACCAAAGAAGCAACAGCGGCGUCAGAUCGUCCAAAUGCUUGACAAAGCUGGUGUUGCUACAUUGCUUCGCCUCAUGUUUAUGCCACUCCAGGGCAAUGCACGUCAUCAGUUGAAUGAUAUUCUGCAUAACGUGUGUGAAAACCGUCAGAAUCGGGUUGAAGUAAUUAGUCUUCUACUUUCUGUCUUGCAGGAUGGAAGCUCAGAUGUUUCUGCAAUCGAGCGCAGUUUUGCUCAACUUUCGCUCCGGGCCAAACCUUCCUCGGUCCAGAAGACCCCGCAGUCUGUCAAGCGCAAUCUGGCCUUCCAAACCUCUUCGAGUGUCAGCAAUGAAGUGACUCCAAUAAUGGUGGUACAACAAUGCCUCGGGACUCUUUCGUUUCUGUCUCAGUACAAUCCUCAUAUCGCGUGGUUUUUCUUGACUGAGCAUGAUCCUUCAUCUACAUUGAAGUUGAAGGCCUUCCGCAAAGGCAAGAGCAAGGAAAACAAGGCUAAUAAGUUCGCCCUUAAUGCGCUACUUACUCUUCUUGAUCGGAAAUUGAUUAUGGAAAGCCCGAAUUGUAUGGAGCAGCUUUCUAGCCUCCUCAGCAGCAUCACACAGCCGCUCACCCUGCUACUUCGCCGUGAGAAGGAGAAGCAAGAGGAAGAAGACAAGGGCAAAAAGCCUGAAACAGCAGAGGAUGACAGACCGACUGAGGAGCAGCAGCAGCAGCAACAGGAGCAACCGCCUGAUGCUGCAGAGCCUACGACCUCUGCUACAGAUACAACGAUGACAGAUGCUCCUCUACCCAGUGUAGAGAACACCGAAGCGCAAAGCGCAAUGGCGCAGCCUGAGGAGGGUACAUCAGCAGAACCCUCUAAAUCAGAGACAGAAAAGGGUUCGACUGAAGAUGAGAAACAUAAAAAGAAGUCUAUAGAGCCACCAGUUGUUCCAGAUCACAACCUGCAGCUUGUUGUCCAUAUUCUUGCUGCUCGCGAGUGCAACGGCAAAACUUUUAGGGAAACGCUCUCGACAAUUAACAAUCUUUCAGCUAUCCCUAAGGCCAGGGAUGUGAUUGGGAAUGAAUUAGUACAUCAAGCACAGGACUUGAGCACCACUAUCUUAACGGACCUGGAUGAAUUAUUGUCUCAUAUUAAUCAAGCCCGGACUGGCACCGACAUGCAGGGCUUGGCUCUGGCUAAAUUCUCUCCAGCUAGCUCUGAUCAAGCGAAACUGUUACGUGUGUUGACGGCACUUGACUACUUGUUUGACCCUAGUCGAUCGGAUAAGGCCAAGGGAGGUGAUUCCGAGCAGACAGCUAAGGAGGAUGUCCUACAGACCUUGUACGAAAGUUCUACAUUCGGGCCCCUCUGGACGAGGCUGAGCGAAUGCUUGACCCUUAUACGGCAGAAGGAGAAUAUGCUGAACGUCGCAACAAUCCUCUUGCCCUUGAUCGAAGCAUUGAUGGUCGUCUGCAAAAACACCUCGCUAAAAGAGACUUCCCUUUCUCGGAAUACUCGAGAGCUGUCUGUAUCUAGCACUUCUAUCGGCGCUGGUUUGAAUAUGGAGAGUCUCUUCUUCAAAUUCACGGAGGAACAUCGCAAGAUACUAAACGAACUUGUUCGUCAGAACCCGAGGUUAAUGAGCGGCACUUUCUCCUUGCUUGUCAAGAACCCGAAGGUCUUGGAGUUUGAUAACAAGCGCAAUUACUUCACACGUCGUAUCCAUUCCCGUGGUGCAGAGCCUCGUCAUCCUCACCCUCCCCUUCAGCUCUCUGUUAGGAGAGAUCAAGUGUUUCUUGAUUCGUUCAAAUCCUUAUACUUCAAGACAGCGGAUGAGUUGAAGUAUGGCAAGUUGAAUGUGCGCUUCCACGGUGAGGAGGGUGUUGACGCAGGAGGCGUGACCAGAGAAUGGUUUCAAGUUCUCGCACGCGGCAUGUUCAAUCCGAACUACGCUUUGUUUAUUCCUGUUGCUGCCGACCGGACUACCUUCCACCCCAAUCGCCUGAGCGGUGUGAACUCGGAGCAUCUUAUGUUCUUUAAGUUCAUUGGACGAAUCAUUGGCAAAGCUCUGUACGAAGGCCGCGUGCUCGAUUGUCACUUCAGCCGUGCUGUCUACAAGUGUAUUCUUGGACGUUCGGUAUCUAUCAAGGAUAUGGAGACACUCGACCUCGACUACUACAAAUCUCUCCUCUGGAUGCUCGAGAACGAUAUCACUGACAUCAUCACCGAAACUUUCGCCGUGGAGACUGAUGACUUUGGCGAGAAGCAAGUGAUCGAUCUUGUGGAAAAUGGAAGCAAUAUCCCGGUCACUCAAGAAAACAAGGAGGAGUACGUGCAGCGCGUCGUGGAUUAUCGUCUCGUGCGAUCCGUUAAGGAGCAGCUCGACAAUUUCCUCAAGGGGUUCCAUGAGAUCAUCCCAGCAGAUCUGAUCUCGAUUUUCAAUGAACAAGAACUUGAGUUGUUGAUUUCCGGCCUUCCCGAGAUUGAUGUGGACGACUGGAAGGCUAAUACCGAGUAUCACAACUACUCGGCCUCGUCGCCUCAAAUCCAGUGGUUCUGGCGUGCCGUUCGCUCAUUUGACAAAGAAGAGCGGGCUAAGCUGCUACAAUUUGUCACCGGAACGAGUAAGGUGCCACUCAACGGCUUCAAGGAGCUUGAAGGUAUGAAUGGAGUUAGUAGAUUCAACAUUCACCGCGAUUACGGCAAUAAGGAUCGCCUUCCAAGCGCGCACACAUGUUUCAACCAGCUUGAUCUUCCGGAAUACGAAAGUUAUGAGACUCUGAGACAACGGCUGUAUACUGCCAUGACUGCCGGUAGCGAAUACUUCGGGUUCGCAUAG